CCAGCUCGCCAUCAGUCAGUCAAUUCAUAAAAAGUAGCAAAACGAAAUGAAAAGCUUUGUGAUCCUUUGUGUUUUGUUUGUGGCCGUUGCCACGGCCAAUGCUGGUCAUCUGCCAUCAUCAACGGUGGCUCAACGUUUGAUACCCAGCUUUGCAACGGGCUACAUCAUCAAAGGUGAAGAUGCCGAACCCCAUUCGGCUCCCUACAUUGUAUCGUUGAGUCGUACGGCCAAACAUUCCCACAUUUGUGGUGGCAGUAUUAUUAACAAAAAUUGGGUUCUUACGGCUGCCCAUUGCAUUAGCAACCCGGUGGGUAUGGGUGUGGUUGCCGGUCUCCAUAAGCGUACCAAUUUCGAUGAAAAAACACAAUCUCGAGUGGUCGACUAUGGUGUGGUGCAUGAACAAUAUGGCGGUGGUGUGGGACCCUAUGAUAUUGCCAUGUUACAUGUUUCGCAGCCCUUUGAAUUUACUGAAUGGGUGAAACCUGUUGCCCUGCCAGCUCCCGAGGAAAUUCAUGAUGGUGAGACCCAUCUAUAUGGUUGGGGUCAACCUAAGUCGUAUGUCUUUACCGCUGCCAGUACCUUGCAAACGGUGACUACCCAAAUUGUGGAAUACAACAAAUGUAAGGCCACUCUGCCCGCCGAUGCCCCGUUGCAUGAAACCAAUGUCUGCUCCGAUUCCUUGCAGCAGAGUAUCUCUGCCUGUAAUGGUGAUUCUGGUGGUCCAUUGGUCAAGGAAUUCGCUGACAAAGGUGAUGCCGAAUUGAUUGGUAUUGUCUCGUGGGGUUAUAUUCCUUGUGGUUUGGCCCAAAUGCCUUCGAUCUACACACGUGUCUCUGCCUAUAUUCCCUGGAUUGCCAAUGUACAGAAUUCCUAUUACAAAUCGCUUUAAGAGAUUUUGUAAAGUGCAAGCCUGAAAAAAGGAAAAAAUUUGUAA